GGUGGAACGAAAGAAUCGAAAGAAGCCAAAUGCACAGAAGCGAAGACAAAAGAGGCUGAAAGCAGCCGCCGAGGCUGACAAGGUCGCCGAGGAGCUUCUGAAGCCGCCUGAGGUGCCCCCGCCCAAGAAGGAGGCUGAUACAUCCAGGAAGAAUCAGGGCGAGGAGAAGAAGCAGAAGGCGGCUGCCAAGGAGAGCUCCAAGCCUGAGGAGAAGAAGCAUAAGGCUGCCAAGGAGAGCUCCCAGCCUGAGGUCCAUCCGAAGAAGCUUCCGAAGGACGACAAGAAGGCGUCUGAGAAGGCGGCGGAGAGCUCCUCAAAGAAGGCCAAGAAGAGCAAGGAUGAGGAGGCUCAGGCUGAAAAGGAGAAGAAGAAGAAAGUGGAAAAGGAGGUUGCGGAGGUGAAGCCUGACAAGAAGACAGAGGACAAGGCGAAGACCUCGGAGCCCUCCUCGAGCAGCAAGCCCAUCGUGACUGAGGCUGAGACUCAGACUGAGGGAAAGGGAAAGGGCAAGGGAAAGGACAAGUCCCCUAGCAAGGGAAAGGGCAAAGGCAAG